CCCCCUUGUCUGCUGGCGCGCCCCUAGUUCCUCUCGGCCGCGGCAACGAUCACAAGUUCCCCAUGGGAAAGAGGCGGUUCACGCAAGUCUCGACCAGCGAGGACGAGGAGGAGCCGACGAGGAACGACGCCGGCGAGCGGAGGAAGGGGAAGAAGCUCCGCGUGGAGGACGAGGAGAAGGAACCGCAGAGCAGAGGCGGCGAUGCCGCCGGCGGAAGCAGUAGCGGCGGUGGCGGCGGAGGCGGAGGUGGAGGGAACGGGAAAGAGGAGGAGCCGCCCUUGGAGGACGCGAAGCCGAAGGGGCGGGUGCUUAGGGUUUCUGGCAAAGGGAAGCGGAAGAAGCGGCACUACUGCUCCUUCGAGUACGACGGAAAUACGUUCGAGCUGGAAGAUCCGGUACUCCUGACUCCAGAGGAUAAGAAGCAGAAACCCUAUGUUGCGAUUAUUAAGGAUAUAACUCAAGAUGCAGAUGGCAGUAUGAUGGUUACCGGGCAGUGGUUUUACCGUCCUGAAGAAGCUGAAAGAAAAAAUGGCGGGAGCUGGGAAGCACAAGAUACCAGGGAGCUCUUCUACAGUUUCCAUCUAGAUGAGGUUCCAGCUGAAUCCGUGAUGCACAAGUGUAUUGUCCACUUCGUGCCUUUAAACAAGAAGUUACCACUUCGGUCAGAACAUCCAGGUUUUAUCGUGCAAAAGGUGUAUGACACUGUUGAGAAAAAGCUCUGGAGAUUAACUGACAAAGAUUAUGAAGACAGUAAACAACAUGAAAUUGAUCUUCUUGUUAAGAAAACAUUUGAGCGUUUAGGAGAUCUUCCAGAUAUUGAGCCUGAAGUUGCUCCUGCUGAUGAUGCUGAUCAGUCAAUGAGUAAAAAGAACCUUGGUAAACAACGCAUGCAUCCCAUCGAUGUCUCAAGAACCGAAGAUGCUCCUGAGAGGUCUGACUAUCUGACCAGAGCAGAUACACCUGGAAGCUGUACAGCGUAUAGAGCAAUCCUAGCAAAAUUCAAAGCAUUGACUGGUGAUUCAUAUCGCGAUAAGUGGUUGGAUAAGCUUCUACAAGGAAUUAAAGCUGCAUGCAAUUCAAAAGAAGAUGCAUCAGCUGAGGAUAAAAGGACAGGUAAUGGUGCUUCAGAUCAUAACACAACUGGCAACAACCGUGCAGACAAUUCUGCUGGAAGAAUUUGCUGGCCGGAUGAUGCUGUCCCAGCAAUAACUGCCCUUGAGAGAGCUACACAUGAAACUCUGGGUCCCGAUUUCCAGAAAUAUAACCAGAAAAUGAGGCAGUUGGAUUUCAAUCUCAAGAACAAUGUGAUGUUAGCUAGACGCCUACUGAAUAAAGAAUUGGACCCUGCAGUUAUUCUGAACAUGUCUCCCAAUGAACUGAAGGAUGGUUUCCUUGCUGGAGAAAAAACAACAACAGAACCAGAAGAGUCCAAACAAUUGCAGAUGACUGAUGCUAGAUGUUCAAGAUGCACGGAGAAGAAAGUAGGGAUUGCUGACAUUAUCCAAGCUGGAGGUCAUGGGGAUAGAUACCAGUUGGAGUGCACCGCUUGCGGUUACAUGUGGUAUGCCGCUAGAGAUGCCAUCGCGUCUUUGACUAUGGACGCUCCCAGCGUUGUUGGAAAUGUGGGAACAGCACCCUGGGCCACCGCCAAGUUUGAGGCUGUUGAGAAGCAACUUGCGAGUCCUCGAGAAUCUGAGAAGCCAGCUGUAGAUCUUUUCCAGAAGACCACAGCAGCUUAUAUGCCUGUCUUGGAACCUCAGAAAUCAUUCAACAGAUCAAAGACAGAAGAUCCUGCUGUAUCUGCAGCAAACCGUGAAUAGAGUAUAUAAUUUCCAGUGUUACUUCUUUCCUCCCUUCUUUUGAGUUGAGUGCUCGGUAGGAUCAGUGCCUGUAAAGUGUUGUAAAAAUAGAAAAGAAAUGUGUUAAUAUGGUUUUGUGAUUUCUCUCUCUUUGAAGUGUAUUUGCAGCCUCCGUUCUGUUUUA